AUGAACCUUUUUGGUCGCACAUACGAUCGCAAGGGAGGGGCGGUGAGUGUGCGUGAAGUUAAAUGUGAUGUUGAGGGUGGCGGUAGUGUUGGCUGCGGUUAUACCGACGAUUUAGCUGUCCAGCCGUCUAAAGAGUACACGGAUACUGCAAGUUCUGCAAAAGGUAGUUCGUUAAAAGGGUUUGUAAAUGAUAUGGAGACCGUUGAUACGUUCCGAGAUGACGUCAGUGCCCCUCCUGGGUUACACCCUUCAAAUCUAGGUUGUGAUUUGCUGGGUGACAUGGACCUUGAUGUGGCACACACCUUGGAUGAAGAAUUAGAGCGUGAAUUGGAAAGUGCUGCUCGUCAUGAUACUGCUACUUCUACCUAUUUCCGUGAUGCGGAUAACAAUUCGAUUCGGAAUAUUACAGAUGUACUAUCUUUUGAUAAAAGGUUGGGUCAGGGUGUCUAUGGUGAUGUGUUUCUUUGUCAUUUACGUGCUGACCGUACAAAGAGGUUUGCUGUUAAGCGUAUUCAGCAAGCACCAUCGCCUAUUGAGAAGAUAUUUGGUUUAGAUCAGAAUAUAAUUAAGGAGCUUCACGCACUUCGUGCGCUUAAGCGUCCGCAUGCAAAUAUAGUUCGUUUGUAUGACUUUUGUUCUGCUAUGGAGCCUGUGGUACCUCGUCAUCCUAACAAGGGUGAAUCUAAGUCUUCUAAGCGUAAAUGUGUUGCAUUUUACCUUAUAUUUGAACUAUGUGAUAUGGACCUUAACCAGUUUGUCAAGGACGCCUCUAUGAAGUAUAAGGCUCAUGAGAUGGACCUUUUCAGUAGCACAAGUGAGCAUACCGAAGGCGAGUAUAAUAUCGAGGAUAUUAUAAACCAAUGGUGUACUUUGUAUCUUAAGCAGCGUAAGGAUGAUAGUUUCAAAGAGAGUGGCCCAGGUCGUUCUAUCCGUGGUGAAAAGAUCCCUUUGCCGGGUUUACCUGAGGAUGUUGUUAAAGUCAUAAUGUACCAAAUGUUACAAGGACUUGCUUAUAUCCAUUCUAAUCGUAUAAUUCACCGUGACAUCAAGCCACAGAAUAUCCUUCUGAAAAGGACUAGUGGUCUGCUUGAGAGUCCCGACGCCCUGACCUCACCUCAUGCAUGGCAGGUAAAGAUUGGUGACCUUGGUUUAUCUACCAUCGUUCCUGCUAGGUACCUUGCCAGUAUGACUGAGGAGGUUGUGACUUUACUCUACAGGCCUCCAGAGCUGUUGCUUGGUGACUGUAAGUACACUACAGCGGUUGAUAUAUGGUCAACUGCUGCUAGUGUUGGUGAGUGUCUAUUGGGCAAGCCUAUGUUCCGUGCUCGUACUGAGUUUAGUGUGUUAAUGCGUAUCGUAUGUACUGUUGGUAUUGCUAAUAUGGAAGAGAUGCCUGAAUUUGCGAAGCAGUUGAAAUAUCUUACCCAUAGUUUGCCUAAAAUUGAGCGUGAUUCAAGAUCGUCGCUUCGUAAGAUGUUUACUGAUCAUUUUGGUCGUCAAUUGAUCAGUGAGGUAGGUUUGGACUUAUUUGUGAAUAUGCUUCAAUUUGUUCCUGAGAAGCGUAUAACGGCUGAGCAAGCUUUACGUCACCCAUGGUUUGACGAUAUAGAUUCCUUGCUGAAGCCAUCUAUCGCAAGGUCUUACCACAGUGUGGAGCGUGUAUUUCCCAAAGGUCAACGAGACAUGCUCCCCUUACCAUUUAAGGGUGAUUUAUGUGAAUUCCAACGUCAGGUUCGCAAGGCUAACCUUAAAGAGUCAUCUAUUGAUGAGCCUUACAUGCAAUUUGUCUUCCCUUGA